AUGGAAGUGAAAGCUGCGAAAACCAACCAACAACAGGUUACAAGCAAAAAGGGUGGCCUUAGAACCAUGCCUUUUAUCAUAGCUAAUGAGACGUUUGAGAAGGUUGCGACCAUUGGGCUUCAUAUGAAUAUGAUCAUAUACCUGAUUACCGAAUAUCAUUUGGACAGUGACACCGGAGUUUCUGUAUUGUUUCUGUGGUCUGCCAUUUCUAAUUUCAUGCCUGUCUUUGGAGCUUUCCUCUCUGAUUCCUACUUGGGUCGGUUUCGGGUGAUUGCAUAUGGCACAGUUAUUAGCCUACUUGGGUUAACGUUGUUAUGGUUGACAGCAAUUAUUCCAAAAGCAAGGCCUCCCUAUUGCGAUCUAAAGCUAGGAAAUUGUGAACCCCCGAAGUCAUCCCAGCUCGCACUUCUCUAUUCUUCGUUUAUUCUCAUGUCCAUCGGAGCAGGUGGUAUUAGGCCAUGUUCCUUAGCCUUUGGAGCAGAUCAAUUCAACGAGGUAGACAGUCUCACAAAAGAGAGAAUCUUGCGAAGCUUCUUCAACUGGUACUAUGUUUCCAUUGGAGUCUCGGUAACACUUUCAAUGACAGUUAUAGUUUAUAUUCAACAAGCAGCAGGUUGGGUCGUGGGUUUUGGAAUUCCUGUAGGGCUCAUGUUCUUCUCUGCUGUUAUGUUUUUGUUGGGUUCUUCACUUUAUAUCGUAGUAAGUGCAAACAAGAGCUUGUUUACCGGAUUGACCCAAGUGGCUGUGGCAGCUUGGAAAAACAAGCACCUUGCCUUGCCACCAAAGACUUCUGAUGGAUUAUGGUACAAUCACAAGGGUUCAAACCUACUUUCCCCAACAGAUAAGCUAAGGUUUCUAAACAAGGCCUGCAUCAUUAGAUGUCCUGCAAAGGAUGUGGAUUCAGAUGGCUUGGCUUUGAACCCAUGGAGUCUAUGCACAGCUACCCAAGUAGAAGAGCUGAAAGCACUCAUCAAAGUUCUCCCAAUUUGGUCCACCAGCAUAAUGGUCGCUGUGACACUAAACCAACAAGUAUUUGCCAUCCUCCAAGCGAGAACCAUGGACAGACGCUUCAUAAAAGACUUCAAAAUCCCACCAGCCUCCUACAGCGUCUUUGGAAUCCUUAGCAUGGCAGCAACGGCGGCCAUCUACGAUACAGUUUUGGUUCCCUUGCUAAGAAAGGUCACCAAACGGCGGCGUGGGCUUAGCCUCAAAGCACGGAUGGGGGUUGGAGUGGCACUCACAUGCGUGGCAACUGCAGUUUCAGCAAUAGUAGAGACCAAACGCAGAAAUGAAGCAAUCAGAGAAGGGUUAGCCAAUAAUCCUCUUGCGUUAGUGAACAUGUCUGCAAUGUGGCUGGUGCCACAAAACUGCCUGCAUGGAGUUGCUGAGGCCUUCAACAUAAUUGGGCAAAUAGAGUUUUAUUAUUCUCAGUUCCCUGAGAGCAUGAGUAGCAUUGCCAUGGCGCUUGUGUCUGUUGGGUUUGGUGUGGGGAGCUUGGUGGCUAGUCUUAUAGUCACUAUUGUGAGUGCGGUGACCAAAAAAGAGGGGAAAGUGAGUUGGGUAUCAAAGAACCUCAACAUGGGCCACUAUGAUUACUAUUACUGGUUACUGACCAUUUUUAGUGUUGUUAAUGUCUUUUACUACAUUUUAUGCAGUUGGUUAUUUGGAAGUGAGGACAAGGAUGAGAUAGAUAAUGGCAUGAAAGAGGAGGAUAUGGCCAAGUCCAAGACCUCUUCCCCUCAUGUCGAGCCCAAAUAUGUUUGA